UUAUGAGAAAUGUGCAAAAGUUCAGAUUACGCAAAGACGUGAAGGUCGUUGACGUUGAAACGUCCUUGAGUUUGACGCCGCCAUUUGACAGUUGAUAGUUUUUUGAGGUUAUGUCGGAAAUUUUUAUUUGAAAAAACGACAAAAAAGUAAUGAACCUGGAUGACUACAAUCACGGAGAAAAUGAGAUGGAUGUUGAAGGCUCUGAGGAAUUUCCCAUGCAAAUAAUAUCGCAACCACCGUUGGAGGAAAUUCAUCCUUUAGCUUUAGUAGCAAUAAAUGUUGAUAAUAAUGUAAGAACUAACAACCACAAUGUAGUAGAGUUCCCGAUUGUGCCACAAAACAUAGUUGAAGUCAACGAAAUCGAAAGGCUGUCUCCUGCAGAAUCAGUGCAGAAUUUUGACGAAGAAAGUAACCAAAAUAACGAUUCCAACGAACCCAUUCAAACCUCCAGAAAGCGCACAUAUGAGGUUGAGGAACGCGAAGAGGACGGCUCUGUGUGCCCCAUUUGUUUGGACGAGUGGACGAACACUGGCUCGCACAGGAUAUGUGCCCUCAAAUGCGGGCAUUUGUUCGGUUUCCAGUGUAUAUCUCGGUGGCUAGACCAGAAUACGAAGAAGUCGUGUCCAACUUGCAAGGAAAAGGCGCGCCAGCAUGAUAUUCGCUUUAUAUACGCCAAAAAACUAACCGCCAUAGACACCACGGAAUUAGACAAUAUUAAACAACAAUUAGAUACAGUAAUAGAACAAAGGAAUAAAUUCCAGACUGAACUGGCAACGUGCGUCUACCGCGAGCAGUUGCUGAAGCACGAAAUAGCACAACUUAAGACUCAGUUGAGUAGUUUUACGAGACAAAAUAAUGUUCCUACUUUUAACCAACCGAUGAUGGAACGCGUAAAAUUGUACAUGGAUAAGGCGAUGGAAAUUUGCAAAUUCGGGGGCAGUCGAGUCUUCGACGCACGCUGCGAAUUGGACUUACUCAUGGCUUCAAUGAAGUCGCCUACUAACUUAUUCGCCGGUUUUGGUUUGAAGAAAAUUAAUAUUUCCGAUUACAGAACAAUCGCAUUUAUUCCAGUUCACACUUUGCAAAUUAGGGACAUUUGUUUCCAUAAAGAACAAAACUGGGUUCUUACGGCUUCCAUGGACAAGACUUUUAAAGUCAUAAAUAACCACGAGAACUCGAUUCUUUACCAAUUCACCCAUCAGAUGCCCCUAUGGUCGUGCUGCUGGGACGAAAACAACCCUUACGAGUUAUACGUGGGGACCCAAGCAGGAUCAGUUAUUAAAUACGACAUUCGACAAUUGACUGAAGCGGUUUCUACGUUUUCCAUUGAGGGGGACAUGUCGCCGGUGGUGUCAGUGGCGUCCAUCCCGGCGGCCCCGGGGGAGACUUUGGCGCAAGGAGGCGUCGUUUCGUGCAAAUUAAACUCUCUGUGGCUUUACGAGAACGUGAAUGGAGAGUACAGAAGACAUCCAAUUUCCUUAGAGGGACCAUUCGUUUCAAUGAAAUAUCAAGCAAACACAAAGCAAUUGUUAGUGUCUUCUAGGCCCAAUAGUCGCAUUACGUACGCUAGACAUACUUUAAGUUAUUUGGAGAAAAAUGAAGAUAAAAUUGACUGUAAUAUUCUGCAUACGUUUCAAGGAGGCGGCAUGCAAAAAUUGCUAUCAAAGUCAUGUUUUUUGUCUCAUACGAGUGAUUAUGUUGCUGCACAUCAGGAGAAUUGUAAAAGUGUGUUUUUAUGGAGUAUCAAUACCGGACAAAAGGUUUGCUCUGUUACCGCUCAUGAGAGUGUUCUAGAUCUGAAAGGGUUCCAGAAUCAAAAUGGUAGUUUUUUGGUUUCGUUGACUGAUAAGAAACUCGAAUUUUUCAAAUUUGCCUAGUCGGUUAUUAAAGUUUUAUUGUUUUAAGUAAUUACACUUCUUAAUAAAAACUUUGUUAUUAAUCACAUUUCAAACAUACUUUUUUCAAUAAAUUAUUUAUAUUUUUAUUAUA